UUCAAGCUUGGUAAAAAUAGGGAACUUUCCAGAACGCUCGGUGAGACGCGGAGGAGCGGCGGCUGCCCGAGCUGCGCCCAGCAACGCGCCCCUUCCCGCUCCCCCACACCGGCUUCGGCCCUCUCACCGGCUGUAGAAAAUGGUGAAAGAAACCACUUACUAUGAUGUUUUGGGGGUCAAACCCAAUGCCACCCAGGAGGAAUUGAAAAAGGCUUACAGAAAACUGGCCUUGAAGUACCACCAUGAUAAGAAUCCAAAUGAAGGAGAGAAGUUUAAACAGAUUUUUCAAGCUUAUGAAGUGCUCUCUGAUGCAAAGGAAAGGGAAUUAUAUGACAAAGGAGGAGAACAGGCAAUUAAAGAAGGUGGAGCUGGUGGUGGUUUUGGCUCCCCCAUGGACAUCUUUGAUAUGUUUUUUGGAGGAGGAGGCAGGAUGCAGAGAGAACGGAGAGGUAAAAAUGUUGUACAUCAGCUCUCAGUAACCUUAGAAGAUCUCUAUAAUGGCGCAACAAGAAAACUAGCUCUGCAAAAGAAUGUGAUUUGCGAUAAAUGUGAAGGCCGAGGUGGUAAGAAAGGAGCAGUCGAAUGUUGUCCCAAUUGCCGAGGUACUGGAAUGCAAAUAAGAAUUCAUCAGAUAGGACCUGGAAUGGUUCAGCAAAUUCAAUCUGUGUGCAUGGAGUGCCAGGGCCAUGGGGAACGGAUCAGUCCUAAAGAUAGAUGUAAAAGCUGCAACGGAAGGAAGAUAGUUCGAGAGAAGAAGAUUCUAGAAGUGCAUAUUGAAAAAGGCAUGAAAGAUGGCCAGAAGAUAACAUUCCAUGGUGAGGGAGACCAAGAACCAGGACUGGAACCAGGAGAUAUUAUCAUUGUUUUAGAUCAGAAGGACCAUGCUGUUUUUACUCGACGAGGAGAAGAUCUUUUCAUGUGUAUGGAUAUACAGCUGGUUGAAGCCCUGUGUGGCUUUCAAAAGCCAAUAUCUACUCUUGACAACUGAACCAUCGUCAUCACCUCUCAUCCAGGUCAGAUUGUCAAGCAUGGGGAUAUCAAGUGUGUGCUAAAUGAAGGCAUGCCAAUUUAUCGUAGACCAUAUGAGAAGGGUCGCCUAAUCAUCGAAUUUAAGGUAAACUUCCCCGAGAACGGCUUUCUCUCUCCUGAUAAACUUUCUUUGCUGGAAAAACUCCUGCCUGAGAGGAAGGAAGUAGAAGAGACUGAUGAAAUGGACCAGGUAGAACUUGUGGACUUUGAUCCCAAUCAGGAGAGACGGCGCCAUUACAAUGGGGAAGCAUAUGAGGAUGAUGAACAUCAUCCUAGGGGUGGUGUUCAGUGUCAGACUUCUUAAUGGGGCCGGUGAAUAACACUGCUGCUGGCAUUUUAUAUGCAGUAGUGGAUGAGUGAAGGACUAUAAUCAUAGCUCACUACUUGCUAUUGUUUUUGUUUUAAUAUUCAACUAUAGUAGUGUUUUAAAAGUUAAAUGAAGAAUAAACUCAAAUAUAAAAGC